AUGAGCCACAAUCUCUGGCGCUACUUGCUCGAAGAUGAUGUCGAUAAAUUUCGGCAGUACCUGGCGAACGCCACCUUCACCUCGGGGCCUUCGAAGGCUUCCGGUGGCGGCCAGACUGGGGGCACUGGGUUGAAAAUCGGUAGUCCAGGCAGUUUGGCCGCGUCCCCAAAGACACCACUGAAAGCGCGAAAGAGUUUGGGCAAUGCAACGGGCAGCACCACACCAGGCAAAGGUGCAGGUCUGGUCCUCACCAGGGCCGAAGUGAACACCAAGGACGCCUUCGGCAGGAGUUUGCUGCACCAUGCCGUCUCGUCGCGCUCGGAGGAAGCGUUAUCUUUCGUCAAGGCAUUGCUGGAAAUGCCAUUCGUGGAUCUCUACGCCCAAGAUGUCGAGAGUGGAUGGACGCCUCUGCAUCGAGCUCUUUACUUUGGAAACAUUUCCAUUGCCCAUGCUUUGAUGGCGCGGGACAUACAACAUGCCACAGACUACACUGCCACCACUCAACGCGCCCACGCCGGCGGCCUGGUGAAGAUUAAAGACCAUGAAGGCAACAGUCCUUUUGAAGUCUUUGGGCUAACCAUCGCACCUCGUUCUAUUCAGGAGGAUCCAUCCACUCUGCCGUCUGGCCUGGGAGAUAAUGACAGCAACAAUGGGGUGGACUACAAUGAGGAGGAACAAGGCAAUCAUAAGGCAAAAGGCCACCUCUCGCCCCUGGUCGAUCUGGUCGGCGACGAAGUGUACGCUUUUGGGAGCAACAAGAAUUUGUCCCUCGGUGUGGGAGACGGUGAUGACAGGCAGUUCCCUGAGCGCCUCCAUUUCAAGCGUCCCGAUCAUUUACUGCGCCGCCUUCUCGAUGAUCAUCUUGCAUUGAGGCAGAAAACGUUGGUCAAUGAAGAGCUGGCCUUGAAUACUGCCAGUCUGUCUCGAAGCGAUAUCCCCGCCAUCAUCCGCUACCGACCCAUCUCAAUCCAGAAUGUGGUUAUGUCCAAGCUACAUACAGCUGUUCUGACCGAUGAUCCCAUCUCUAAUUUGCAUAUGUGUGGCUUUGGCCGCGGAGGACGCCUGGGUACUGGCGAUGAGAAUACAUCGUUCACAUUUCAGUGCAUCCAGACAGGGGGGCUGGCCAAACGCCGCGUAUCUUCAAUAGCUUUGGGUCAAGACCACACUGUGGCUGUCUGUUCACAAGGUGAAGUCUAUACUUGGGGCAGCAAUCUGUACGGACAACUGGGAUACUCCCUUCCCGAAGUGCCACCGAAUGAGAUCCCCAUGCAGUUGACGCCCCGCCAGCUGUAUGGCUACAUAAAGAAGGAGCUCGUUAUUGGUGCAGCGGCCUCCGCCAUUCAUUCUGCCAUUUACACCUCGUCCGCGCUAUACACCUUUGGCAAAAACGACGGUCAACUCGGAUUGAUGGACGCAGAUGCUCGCUCCCUUGAGAUACAGGUGCUACCGCGGCGCGUAGGAGUAUCUGUUCUUCAAUCACCAAUCCAAUCUGUUAGCGCGACUGACCGGGCCACUGUUGUCUUACUCGAAAACCACGAAGUUGUUGUAUUCACACAUUACGGCUGGACCAAGGUUUUGUUUCCGCUGGAGACGUUUACCAACUACUACAUGUCUGACAUGUUACCUACCAGGUACAACAUGGAGGCCAACUACAUCAAGCACAUCACGAGCGGAGGAAACACGAUUUGUGCUCUAUCAUCUUAUGGCGAGGUUUUCUCUAUUGAGGUGCCCAAGGUGUCUGAGAACGUGCCAUCAAAUACCUCUACGACGAAUCCCACAAAGGCCCGCAACGCUUUACCGCCGCCAUCGCGCUUGUGGUCGAUCCGUAAAGCUCAUAUGGCGGCUGUCGAUGUGGCCGCCGGUCAGAACGGUUCGAUCAUUCUUUGCACGGCUUCCGGAUCGGUAUGGCGAAAGGAGAAACGCGCAAACAUCAAAAGCGUACGCGAAGCGAAUACCGGCACCACUCGCGCCAAAGACUAUAAAUUUGUCCGUAUUCCCAAUAUGACCGGUGCUAUUGCGGUCCGAAGCAACGCCUUUGGAGCAUUCAUGGCCGUACGCAAGGACUGUACAGUGACGCGAGAUCAAAUCGUCCCGGAUCCACCAUCAUUGUGGGCUGAUGUGCGCUCUCUACUUCCUUUUGCGACGUACGGGACGACCGAGACGGAUACGACGGAGGAAGUGGAACCGGCCCGAAUUAGCCGAGCCAUUAUUCGUACACCAUCUGCUGAAGAGGAUAUCCUCAAUAUCUGCAAACAAUACGAACCUCUCGCUCAAACCCAGUAUGACUUAUGGGUUACGUCCAACCUGACCGAUGUCCGCCUUCCAAUCCAUUCGUUCUUGCUCAAAGCCAGGAGCCGCGUCAUGCGAAGCGCGUUGGCUGAAUUCCAGGAGACAUACUACUUCUCCAUCCCAGACGUCGUAUCCAUCGAAUAUGGACAAGACGGUCAGAUACAAGUGCAGUUCCUUGGCGCCGACUUCCUGACUCUGAUAAACCUUGUCUUCUAUUUGUACACGGACAAUGUGAUCGAUGUCUGGCAUUACACAUCCAAGGCACUGCACCUUGCUCCCCGUUACCGAGCAGUCCGCAUCGAGCUCAUGAAAAUCGCGACUCAUCUCGAACUGCAACAGCUGGAGCGUGCUGUGCGAACCAUGGUCGAUCCUACUCUCAGCCUUACCAAUGACAUGGAGCUCGCUAUCCUAGACAGCAACUUCUUUUCGGACGCUGAUGUUUUAAUUGAGCUGGCAGAUGGAGUCGAACUUCCCGCACAUAGCGUCCUGCUCUGCGUCCGCUGUCCCUUUUUCGAGGGCCUCUUCGUCGGCCGAGCUGGCGGACUGUGGAUGUCAUCCAGACGCAAUGUUGCCGAGGAUACGUCUGAAGCGGUGCGAGUGGAUCUCAAACAUAUUGAUGAGCGCAUCUUUUCCAUGGUGCUAAGACACCUCUACGCCGAUACUGGGGAGGAGAUCUUCGACGAUGUCGUCAGUGAUAGCCUGGACGCGUUCAUCGACAUCGUGAUCGAGCUCAUGUCUGCCGCCAACGAACUGAUGCUAGACCGGCUGGCACAGAUCUGUCAACAGACGCUGGGCAAGUUUGUGAAUGUGAGGAAUGUCUGUUCACUGCUCAAUACUGUGGCCGAAUGCUCAGUGGACAGUUUCAAACGUGCAGCACUUGAGUACAUCUGCCUCAACCUCGAAAGCAUGUUGGAGAUGCGGCUGCUUGACGAACUGGACGAGGAUCUACUGGCCGAGCUCGACGAAGUCGCACAGGCCAAUCAAUUGGCCUAUCUGCCAUUCUCGCGCAGCGAGCGUGCCGAGACUGAACUUUUUGAGAAACACCCUGAGCUCUUCGACGAUGUGGAGGCUGGGCGCCAACGGAGGAUAGACUCCAUGAAACUGAGAUCGAGACUGGUGGAAGAUGAAGAGCGCCAUGCUGCUACCAUCAAGUUCCGCACCGGAAGCUUGGAGCGGCAGGCGUCCUCGCCACUCAUUCCUAGAAGCCCUCUUCCUACGCCACUAGCCGACUCACCGGCGAGCACCCCCAGUCCGAGCCCAGCCAUCUUGGCGAACGAUGGUGGAGACGAGCUACAGUUCGACAUGGAUGACGAGCAUCCAGAUCUCUUGCCAGGGCCUGCGGCGCAGGUUCAAGAGAGUGUUGCAGCACCAAGAUCUCGACCAUCCGAUGCCGGGUCGUAUCGUGCUCGGAGCAUUCCUCGGGCGGAUUUGGAGAUCUCGCCACGCUCUACCGGCGCUAGACCCAUCAUUCCCGAUGUUCCUGUGCAGUCGACCAGAGAGUUUGAGCGAAAAGCAGUCUGGCAGACGCCUAGGAUCAGCGGGGCUAAAACUGACCUGAAAGGCAUAAUGGAGCAGGCUUCCUCCUCGGGGGUGUCGAGCCUGACCCAAGCAAUGCGGACAGCUUCAAUGGCCUCUAAGACGGCCCCCAAGGUCUCUCAAAAAGAAAGAAAGAGACAACAGCAACAGAUGCGGCAACAGGAAGCCAAGAACUCAGAAUCAGCAAAGGCCGAGAAUAAAACACCUUCUUCACCGUGGCAGACGAUUCCAAAAUCGCCCAAGCCUAGUUCUUCACCAGUCGUGCCAGCACAGUCCUUCGGAUCGACGACUUCCAAACAGGAGACUCCCAAACAGCCUCUUUCGGAGCGACAAGCUAUGGCAGGCGGUACGUCCAGUCGGAAACCCGGUAUCCCACCAGGAAACAGCAGUCCAGCAAGUCUUCCAGCUGGCAUUACACCUCCUACAAGCAAACCGGCGGCGCCGCAGAUACAAUCGGUGCGACAUACGCCCUUGCCAUCUAGGACGCCCAGUGGUAUUGAUGCACGCACAUCAAUGGCGGAGAUUUUGGCACAGCAGCAGAUUGAGAAAAUCGCGGUCAAAGAGGCUGUGGCGAAACGAUCGCUCCAAGAGAUCCAGCAGGAGCAAGAGUUUCAGGAGUGGUGGGACAAUGAGAGUCGACGCGUGCAGGAAGAGGAAGCGCAAGCUGCUAAUGCACCAGCAACAGCAACAGCUCCAGCUCGGCGAGGAGGGAAAGGCAGCCGUGGUGGUCGAGGUGGACACCGUCGAGGUAGUGGUAAAGCAAAAGCUACAGCCACGAUAGGCAGCGAGACAGCUAAAGCCGGGGCCGAAAGGGCAAUCACGACGACGGCGUCACCUUUGGAUCCAGGACAACGAAUCGGACACAAUGCCAGUGCCAGUGGCCGUUCAAGCCGUGGCGGUGAUGGUCGAGGUCGAGGCCGGGGCCAGCACAGGGGUCCAAGGCAUCAUCAAUAG